AUGUACAGCUUCACGGGUCAAAGUCAAUAUGGAAGUUAUAAUUCAACUUAUGCAACUUCACCAGCCGCUGCUGCAGUUUAUAAUGCAGCGGUACAGUCUCAGCCAACACCACAUACUCCUGCACUUGGUGCUGCUGUAGGAGCUACAAAUCCGACCAGUGUUUAUGCCAGUUUUUCAAGUGCAGCAGCUCCUACGGCAUCACCUUACGCUGCAUAUGCAAAUCCUACGGCUGCAGCGGCAUAUGCUCAGUAUGGGCAGACUGCGGCGGCUGUAGCAUCUCUGCAACAGCAACAGCAGCAACAAGUGCAGCAGGUUGAAAAUUUGCAGAACUACAGUAAUUUACAGUUGCAAGCUGCAGCAGCAACUGGUGUUGUAAGUGCAUCUGCAGCGGCAUAUCCAGGGCAUACUGCAACGCGACUGACGGAUUCAUAUAGUACCGUCGGUUCAGUCCCCUCAACGGGCGGUACUUACACUUCGUUAUCAGAGUAUACAAAUACUUUACGUACAGCUGCGGCGGCAGCUGUUGCUGCUUCAGCUGCAGCAAACCCAACAAGCAACAAUUCAUACGUAGGCGUUACUCGAAUUGGCACAACGGUUAACAGCCAACCAGCUAAUACAUCAUCAACAACCGGGACAAGCAGCUCAAGUAUUUUUCAGAAAUUUUCAACGUCAAAUUACAACAGUUACGAUGCAGCAGUAUAUGCAGCUGCAAGCAGUUACUUACAAUCGAAAGCAGCGGGUGCAGCAAAUGUUUGGAUGGGAGCAACGAAGAAAUCAAGCGCAACUGGUUAUGAUGGUGGUUCAAGUCCGUUUUCCGGCAUCACUUCCUCAAAUAUCGCAAUCACUGGCGGUGGUGGUAGCGGCGGUAUCUCAGGACGAGGUGGAUACACUGGAAAUAGAGGUCGUGGAACUUUUUCAAACAAACGGUUUGGGCAAGGAAGAUCCGCUGAUAUGCAACAAUUCUAUUGUGAAGUGUGUAAAAUCAGUUGCGCGGGUGCACAGACCUAUAAAGAGCAUAUGGACGGACAAAAACACAAGAAGAAGGAAGCGAUGCAAAAAGGUGAGGGACAAACACUAUCUAAAUCACGUGUUUCAUUUCGUUGUGAAACGUGUAACGUCACUUGCACUGGCAAAGAUACUUACGAAUCUCACGUACGCGGAAGUAAGCAUCAGAAAACUGCGAAUUUGAUGAAGAAGUUGGGAAAACCAGUUGCCGAGACACCAACAGUGCUUGCUCCUGGUGAGAAGUCGAACAAACCAGGAGUACCGGCCAGUGGUACUCCAAUUUCAACAGUUGGUGGUCCUGCUGUACCAACAAAACGCGUUAUCGGUGUACCAACUGUCAAAUUUGUCGGCGGUGAGAAAUUGCAAAGUACAGCUCAAGAACUGGCACGAAAGGCUGCAAAUGCCGCUGAAGCAGCCAUUGAAGCAUCGGGCCAAAAAAGUGCAGCUGUUGAGGCUGCUCUGGCUGCCGAAAAAGAGGUGCAACCGGUUGGAGAGGAUUAUGUUGAAGAAGAAAGGAAUGCUUCUGGCAAACUGAUCCAAUACAGUUGCAAACUAUGUGAUUGUAAAUUCAGUGAUCCAAAUGCCAAAAAUAUCCACAUCAAAGGACGCAAACAUCGAUUGCAAUAUAAGAUGAAAGUCAAUCCAAAUUUGGUGGUCGAGGUGAAACCGAAUCAAGUUCCACGUGAAAUGCGUAAUGAAAUAGCACGUAAACUGCGUGCCCAACGAAUGCAUGUCAUACCGUACGCUUUACAUUGUCUUAAUAAUUCACUUCGUUGCAUCACGGUGAGUUUAUGCAAUUUGCUUAGGCCUCGUCCGCUUGGUGCCCCACAGCCGCUGCUUAUGCCAUUACCAGCACGUCCGUGGUGCGGAGUUAUGGAUCCUGGAAGACGUGUAGAAACUGUCGAAGAUCGACAUGUCAUGGCUAAACAUCGUUCGAUCUAUCCAGAGGAAUCGCAGUUGACUGCUAUUGAAAAACUUGUUUCGAUUACUGAGAAGGCGCUGAAAGCUGUUUCUGAUAGCUUAACACAGGAAGAGACGAAGAAGUCUGAUGAUGAAGUAAAAGACUCGCAAGAGGACGGAAUCGUGUCACACACCACCCAAGCACAGCAACCUGAUCGUAUUCUAAAAGGAGUUAUGCGUGUUGGUCUUCUAGCUAAAGGCUUGUUAUUGAAAACUGACAGAGAGGUUCAAUUGGUUGUACUGUGCUCGCAACCACCAACUCGUACAUUGCUAUCUAAAGUAGUGAGAUUAUUGCCGCAGGUCAUGGAGAAAGGUGAAAAUGAAGUCGUAACAGUGGUGGAAAAGCCAGACGAAAGUGCAUUAUUGUUGAAACAUUCCAGUUCGGAUAUAAUUUGUCGUAUUGUACUAACAUGUGUUCUACUUCGUGAAGAGCAUGCAGCGGGAGAAGGUGAUGGAGCUACGGCAGCGGCAGGCGCGAAAGCUGCACCGCCAAAGGAUCCUCUGCCGAAGGUCCCUUGCCUGGAAGCGUUGGCUGAACUGAGACACGCCAAAUGGUUCCAGGUUAGAUGUUCAAACUUACAGUCCGCUGCAAUAACAUUACGCAUAUUACGCGAUGUUCGUCAACGUGUACAAACGUGGCAGCCAUUGAAAGCUUGGAUGACAGAGCUGCUGGUUGAGAAGGUUUUAUCAUCUCUUGGUGCUCCGUUGUCUCCCGGUGAUGCCGUCCGUCGCGUUUUUGAAGCUGUUGCAUCUGGUAUUUUAUUCUCAAGUGGCCCUGGACUUAUUGAUCCGUGUGAGAAACAAUCAGUUGAUGUGCUUGCGGAGCUUACUGGACAGCAGCGAGAAGAUAUCACAUCCAGUUCACAGCAUGCAUUGCGUCUCAUCGCAUUCAAUCAAAUGUAUAAAGUGCUCGCAAUCGACCGUUUACCUGACAUUCGAAAUAGCUAUGGUAGUGGUAAUAAUGGUGCUAGCAGCAGUGGAAGCGGAAAUGUUUUAAAUGAUCGCAAACGUCCGCGUGAUUCUAAUGCAAGCCUCGAUGAUGGUGAGGUUGUCGAUAUGAAGAAAGACAAGAAGGAUGAUACAAAGGGUGAAGAAAAGGGAGUGGCUUGA